GUGGCCCGAGCCCGCCUCCCCGGGCGCGCGCGCGGCCAGUCCCUCCCCGCCGCGGGGCGGGCUGCGCAUGCGCGCGGCGCCAGCGGCCGCGGGUCCCCCGCAGGCGGUUCCGCCCGGCCGGGCCGGUGCAGCGCUCGGCGCUCCGCCCGCCGGUGACAGCGGCCCCUCCCCUGCUCCCCGCAGCCAUGGCGAGCGGCCGGGCCGAGGAGACAGCGGCGGCGGCAGCCGAGGAGGAGGAGGAGGAGGCGGCGGCGGCGGCGGCGGCGCGGUUGGCGGCGACGCUGCGGCAGCGGCUGCGGGGCUGGGAGGCGGCGCUGGCGGCGGCGCAGCGGCUGCUGGUGUGGGAGAGGCCGCUGCACAGCCUGGUCACCGCCGCCGCGCUCAGCGGGGCCCUCUGGUUGUUUUCCUCCACCUCCCUGAGACCCCUCUUUCUCCUCAGCAUGUCCCUUCUUGGCAUCCUCUUGCUGGAGAGGUGGAAGCCCAGGUUCCUGUUUGAUUUCUCAGCACAGCCAUCAGAGGAGCCGGGAGGGGAGAGUGAGGGGGUGACUUCAGGGGCACAACCUCACCUGCUCAGUGUCCCUGAGCUGUGCCACUGUCUGGCAGAGAGCUGGGUCACCUUCAGGCUGUACCUGCAGGAACUGCUACAGUACAAGAGGCAAAAUCCUGCCAAGUUCUGCAUGAGUGUCUGUUCAGGCUGCCUGAUUCUGGCUGUAGUUGGACACUAUGUUCCAGGCAUAAUGAUCUCCUACAUCAUUUUGCUCAGCAUUCUGCUCUGGCCUCUGGUAGUCUACCAUGAGCUGAUCCAGAGGAUGUACACACGUUUGGAGCCUGUCCUGAUGAAACUGGACUACAGUAUGAAGGCUGAAACGCUGCACCACAAGCAUGAGAAGAAGAAGCGACAAGGGAAGAGUGAGCCUGCAGCAGGUGAUGAGCCAACAGCAGAGACUGAGAGUGAGAGUGAGGCAGAGCUGUCAGGCUUCUCCCCAGUGGUGGAUGUGAAGAAGACUGCCCUGGCGCUGUCAAUCACAGAUUCUGAGCUCUCUGAUGAGGAGGCUUCCAUCCUGGAGAGUGGGGGCUUUUCUGUCUCAAGGGCUACCACCCCACAGCUGACGGAUGUUUCUGAAGACCUGGACCAGCAGAGCCUGCACAGUGAGCCAGAGGAGUCGUUUUCCAAGGACCUGGCAGAGUUUCCCUCUGUGGAAGAAUACCAUUCCAGAGACCUGGGACCACAGAGUGAUGAAGAUGCAUUUGGUGUGCCUCUGGGCCCCGAGCUUGCCCACGCUACCCAUGAGCUGGACUCAGCAGAGAAGGAGGCCACGGACUCUGGCCUUUCCAUCCUUCACCUCACGUCUCCUCUCCAUUUUGUAAAUACGCACUUCAAUGGGAGCGGGCAAGUGGCGGGAGACAGCGCGGCGCCAAAGCCUGCCCCUGCCCCGGGCCUGGGCGUCUGCAUCAACACGCUGAGCGAGGAGAUCGUCACCACUGCCAUCACCACCGCGGUGCAGAACACACUCUCCGCGCUGCUGCGGUCCUCCGAGGCCAGCGAGGGGCCCUCCCUCUCCGAGUUCCUCCCGACCGAGCCUGAAGAGAAACUGAGCUUCCAAGCACAGCUGUCAGAGAGUGAAGUGGUGGAGACAGAGACAGCAGCUUCACCGGAGGAUGAGGAGGAAGCAGAUGACUUUGAGCUACUGGAUCAGGGGGAGCUGGAGCAAAUGGAUGUGGAGCUGGGGCUCGGGGAGGAGCAGGAUGCACAAGAGUCUCCUUCCACUCUGGCUUCUCCCUCUCCCACACCUGCUGAGCUGCCAAAGCACGGAGAGGAGGAGGAGGCAGUGAUGAGAGCAGCAUCUAUGUCUUAGGUCUUCUUCACGCGCCCCUUUUCUUCCAUCGUCACUGGAAAGAAGGAAGAACUCACACGGUGAACGUGCAGCGGGUUUUUAGAUGUUUGUGUUGACUGGGAUGGAAACGCGUCAGUGUUAAUGUGCUGUGUCUGGAAUAACGAAUCCUUUCCAUCCUUCUAGAGCCCGGCCUUCGCUGGCUGAGGGGAGAUGCCCCUGCCCUGCGGCUGGGGAGGAGCCGGCUCCUAGAAGCCUUACGCCACAAUCGAAACACCAACCCCAGCAAACGCUUCCUAGUAAUGGUGCAGUAUUUUGGUCUGUCUUCUGUUUUGUCUUUUGUUUUGCACGCAGAGUACCGAGCUAGCUGUAGCUGCUGCUAAUACCCACAUCUCCAGUAGGACAUAUGCAAUCUUAUUUUAUUGGGUUUUUAAAUGGCUACAAGUGUAAAUAAUUUUAACUUUCAUUGGUUUUGUUCAGGGGGGAGGGAUGGGGUGCACAGUCAAACAUGGGUCUUGGGGGCUAGCAGGGGGAAAGGGGUCUUUGGAGGGGAGGGUAGCAGCAAGAGACUAAAGCAGAUGGGUGCUGGCAGGAAAGAGGCCCUUUCUGCAGACUGUUACCGCCACUCAUGUCACUGCUGGAACGGGGUGUUGGGCGAUACCUGUUUUUUUCCCCUGUCUGAUUUGAGUUCUGCUACUGGGUGGCUGUGGAGGUUUUUGCAAUCAAUGAAAUUCUCUCCUGGCCCUGUUCAGUA